AUGCAAGAAUAUGCUAUGAUAAUGAAAUAUACAAUUCAUGGUGAUCUUAAGAAAUUUCUCACUAAUAAUAAACAGAAAUUUCUCACUAAUAAUAAUCUCUCAUGGAUAAAGAGAAUCGAAAUUCUUCAAAACAUUGCAAAAUCUUUAAAUGAACUUCACAAUUUAAAUAUUGUACAUCGAGAUUUUCAUUGUGGAAAUAUCCUUGUUGACGACAAUACAAGGAUUUUUAUUAGUGAUUUUGGGCUUUCAAUGUUUAUUAACGAACUUGAACCUUCAGGCGUUUUGCCUUAUAUUGCACCAGAAGUUCUCACUGGAAAACCAUAUACAAAAAAGUCUGACAUCUAUAGUUUAGGGAUAAUUAUGUGGGAAUUAACAUCUCUUGACCGUCCAUUCUCAGAUCGAACACAUGAUGGAUUUUUAGCAAUAGAAAUUAUUCAUAAUCUUCGUCCAAAAAUCGUAGAGGGGACCCCAGAAAUUUAUCAAGAUAUAAUGAAACAGUGUUGGGAUGAUGAUCCAUUAAAAAGGCCAGAUCUGUCGCAAUUGAUAAAGGAUUAUGAAAAUAUGAUCAAGGAUAUGGAAGAGCAAUCAUCCAUAGGUAAUAUGGAACCAUUACUCCCGCCUGUUAUUCAAAUAUCUAUAAAUAAUUUAGUAAUAUCAUUUUCUAGAACAGUAUCACCAUCCAAUACCCCAAUUUCGUUAUCUAGAUCAUCGUCUGAAUAUAAAACUGAUAUUCCAAAAAUAGAUGAGGGAAGUGAUGAAGAUCUUGAAAAUAUUGAUCCCUCAUUUAACAAGAUGCGCGAUUUAUUAAGUUCAUUGAUACAUGAAGCCACAGAAGCAGUAGAAGCUCCCGUUAAAGGGCGUGAGAAGAAGAAACGUGCGCCUUCAACUACAAGUCAACAAUCAUUUGACUUUGGGGACAUUAAUGAUAUGCUUGAUGAAUUAGAAGAAGAUGAUGAAUACGAGUAUGAAGAUUCGGAUGAUGAGGAAGAAGAAGAACAAAAUGAAUCUUUAGAUGAAGAAAAUGAAGAGCCUCGAGGAAGAGGUUGUAAAAGAGAAAAGUCACAUAAGCGACAAAAGAGUGUACACGAAGAAAGAUUUGAACAAGGAAUGUUGGAAUUUAAUAGGAGUAUUGCAGAUUUUUCCACACUUGUUGAUGCAAUAACAACAGAAGAUAAUAUGCAAGAAUAUGAUCCUUGUAUACAAUAUGUGGAUCCAACUGACCAACUCAUACGAUAUCCUGACACACUCAUACGAUAUCCUAACACACUUAUACGAUAUCCUGACACACUUAUACAAAAUCCAAGCGAAAACCUUGUCGAAUAUUUUGCACAACUAUAUCGUCUUCUUAUACGCACACUCAUUCUUCCAUUCUUACUUAUACGUACUCUCAUUAUUCCAUUCGUACUUAUCAUUUACUAUUUCAUAAUCGAAUUUUUUAAGACAUCAAAUUCAUCAAGAAGCAUGACAAAUAUUACAGUUAUUCUUUCAUAUCUUAAUAUUGCCAUUGAAACAUCAAUAUCCGAGUUUGUCGAAACUACUUAUGCAAGACCCACACGUUAUCGUUAUGGAUCAGAUGAUGAAAUAUUUUCGCCUAAAAAUACAUAUCUCAAUUCAGAAUUAAUUGAACAUGUGCAUGAUGAACAUG